CCGUGGGGAGCCACACCACACGCUGUCCUGUUACUUCUGCUGCGGCCCGGAUCCAGUCCCCAGGAUGCAGGCCGGGCUGGACCAGCAGCCGGAAGGGGCUUCAGCCUUAGCCGGACGGCCCGAGGCGCAGGGGCGGUGCUGCUCCGGCCGGACGCUGGCCACUGAGGCCUGGGGCGGAGGAGGCCGGAAAGGAGGCCAGGCGGCGGGAAAGGGGGAUGAUUCAUCCCGAGCAGCUGGAAUUGGAAACGCUGCAACCCGGGAACAGCCUUGUCCUGGCCGACGGGAGAGCCAGGAGGGGAGUCCACCGGACAUGGCCCUGCGCCCGGCUCCGCAGCCCCCUGCCUCCUGCCCUCCACGGCCUGACAGCUGGGGGAGAGGGCGGCCUCUUCUUUGGAGUUUAAAGAAAUCCCGGGCAAAGUCUGCCGCUGGUCGUGAGCGCCCAGACGACGGCGAGAUGACAGCCGGGAGCCCUGGAGACUGCGGCGAGGUGCGGAGGAGCCCCGAGGGGCCGCACCGCACCGGGGCCCCAGGGCCCCGCUCUGCCAACUCCAGCGCGCCCCCCGUGAGCGAGCUGCGACGCGAGGGUCGCGGCGCGGGCCGGGCUCACGGACCGCACGAGCGGCUGCGGCUCCUCGGGCCGGUGGUCAUGGGCGUCGGCCUGUUUGUGUUCAUCUGCGCCAACACGCUGCUCUACGAGAACCGCGACUUGGAAACGCGACGGCUUCGCCAGGGGGUGCUGCGGGCUCAGGCGCUCCGGUCCCCCGACGGCCCGGGCUGGGAUUGCGCUCUCCUUCCCAGCCCCGGCCCCAGGACUCCCCGAGCCAUAGGCUGUGCGGAACCAGAAAGUUGGGACCUGUCCCCGCGUCGGGGUACCUCACCUGUCCCAUCAGUGCGGAGUCUGCGUUCAGAGCCCGCUAAUCCUCGCUUGGGGUUACCUGCCCUGCUCAACAGUUACCCGCUGAAGGGCUCGGGGCUGCCCCCACCCUGGGGGCCACGGACCCAGACUGGCCAUGUGAUUAUCACCGUGCAGCCCUCUGGUUCCUGCAUUGAACACUCCAAGUCUCUGGAUCUGGGCCUUGGAGAGCUCCUGCUUGGGGCCCCAGCAGCUCGGGACUGUGCUCACCGAAGCUGGCCACGACUGGAUCGCCUCAGUCUAGGGGGUUAUGCCAAGUUAGGAGGAGGAGGGGACUUCGGGGCCCGGGUUUGAGGAGCUGAGGACAGCCUGCUAUGAGGCUGCAGCAUGGACCAUGGUAACUGGACCAGGAGUCCCAAUGUCUAGUAGAUGCUUGGGUCACAUCCCAGGCUGGGGAAUGGAUGCUCUGGCCCUGGCAGCUGCUAAGGCAUCCUGAGAAGUGGCAGAGAAAUGCCAACUGCACAAAGGUUCAAUAAGCUGGAGAGAAUAUGUUUUAAUGUGGAGUCUGGAGACCAGCAUGAUUCGGCCUCAGGAAUUCCUUCAGCCUCUGAAGUGGCCUUAGCCCUGGAAAGGUACCUGAGGGGGCUGGAGGUCCAGGCCAGAGUGAUUGGGAGAUGCAUCUGGUGUCUUGGCAAACCCAAAGUGGUGGGCAAGGACCCCCCUAGUACUUGGAAGGUAGGUUGCUAUAUGAUAGGCUGUGACAGGUUCCCUCCAAGGUGGCACUGGUGAUGGGGGUUUGGGCCUCCAGGAAGAUGGGCAAUGGGGUAGAGCUGAGACCCUUCACUGCCAUCUGGGACGAGGACUGAGCCUUUAACUCCUACCACCUCAACCCCUUUCUUCCCUCAGUCAUGCAGGGUACAUCCCACUAGGGCUACACUACUGCCAAUGCCUUUAUGCUGAGGGUCUGGGCCCUCUCCAUACAGGUUUGAGAAGCCCCCCUUCUCUCCUAUUCAUGGUCUAUGCUGCAAAACCUUCCAGUUGGCAAAAAACACUCACUAGUUCUCAGAAAUCCUUUUGUACAAUGUUGAAGCUGCAUUUUGCCCAAUGUAGGUAGCUUACUUUAGAAAAUGGCUUGAAUUUGGGUCUUCCCCAUCCGUGUCUAAUUUUUCCCAAAUUGCUGGAAGGGAACCUUAAAAGUCGAUCAAUCCUCAGAUUCAGUCUUUUUUUUUUUUUUUUUAAGUUUAUUGAAAAAUGCAGUA